AUGAUAGGCUACCGUGCCCAUCUAUGCGAGUCACCAUCGGAAUUGACUUUCCUUGUUUCUCGCGCUGUGGACGAAACGAGCCGUUGGCAGGUGAACCAGAAAGGACCCGUCACAGAGAGACGGUUUGGCGAGUCCCAAGGGUUUCCAGAGCUUGUCGAAGUCAAGAAAAAAGUGACAAUGGAGGCACAAGGCCAACAGGAAAAAGCGGUGCUUUCAGGUACCGCAAAAGCCAAGGAAGAACAAGAGUCGGACGAGAAUCCCCCUUCGGCCGACAACACGUGGAAUGCGUCCAACACCCAGGAGCAAAAUCGCAGACCAAGCGUGUUUGACGUCUUCGACGGCUUGCAAGCUAAUCGCCCUUCUGCUGAUUUGUCAUAUUCUCCGUCUUCUCUAGAAUCGGAAUCACGGGCGAAAAGGCAAACAGUAGAAACUGUGAACGAUCCUAGCGUGCGGAACGGAGUUGUCCUGCAACAGGAGAAGACGCCGCCUCGUGUGCCAAACCCGGUGCACAACCGCAAUGUCUCGUGGGGGCAAAACGACAUUUUCACAGAUGGUCUUCCGCCUUUACCCAGACUUCGCAAGCCGUCGCAAGAUUUUUACGGUUUCCAAAAUCUACAGCAGCCGGAUCUCAAUUCGAACUUACAGUCAAACGAGUUUUCGAUUGCCAACAUUGACAUUCGAAGGAGGCUGAAUAGUGUCGGAAAUAAAUUAGAUUUAGAGGACGUGACGCAACGAAAUCCUUUAGAAUCAGAGGCUGAAACCUACAUCUUGAAAGUGCUAGAGUCACGGGAUCCAACAACAAGUCGACCGAGAUCCGACUCUGAGGCCAAUACCACUGUUCUUUCGGAGGUACCCGACGAAGCUUUGCAAGCCCUUGUCGACGAUGCGGAAGUGGACGCUCCGUCUCAAGAGGACCCUUCGGCUUUAUCGCCACGAGCUUCACUUGAAAGUAGCGGUGCAACGAAGUCUACGAAAGUACUGGCCACAGCUAAGCUGAAUCGGCAUCGACGCACUGAAACAAUGGAACAAAAGUUGUUUGGGCUAACGACAGCCAUUGGAGCUAUCAAUUCGUUACACAACGACGCAUAUCAUUUUGUUGGAAACACUCCGAUAUCCCCGACGGUGUACAAAGAAUCAACAGACCCAUUGCUCUCAUCGGUCACAGAAGAACCCACUUCAUCCGGCGACAUGUUUGGAAAAAACGCUAGUAUACUCUACAGGCGUGCGAAUGCUCCGAAAAAAGAAGACAAUGCUGUUCAAUCCAUUGGAGAUGCCAAUAUUGCCAACGAAGACUCCAGUCUCGGUACGGCAACGUCUCGUUGGCGCCUGUUAAAGCAGGCCAUACACGGUGACACUAUUGCCAAUCCGAAAAAGACCGAUGAAGAGGGCGUUGGCGAAGAAGCAGACGAGGAAGUCGGGAUACAGUCAGAUGGAGAGACUGGCGAAGAGAACAAAAAGUUAGAUGAUCGGGGUAGCAACCCGACUGGCGUAGCUGCCGAUGGUGAAGAGGAGGAUACGGAAGAGGAGGCACACGUGGCGAAUGCCAUUAGACGUGAUUGGGAGAUUUUUAAAGAAUUUCAAGAUUUCUUUAGUCCCCGUCGGAAUUCAAUCAAACAGUACCUUCGCUCUCUCAUCCUUUAUUUCUUGCUGCCUACAAUCUCUGUGGCUGCCAUUUUAUUUCAUCUUGCUGGGAACCCUCCCACUGGUAUCGUCUCUAGCGACUUACCUUUUUUGAAUGGCACACUCGCCAGUAGAGAUGGGGAAUCUAUCAAUCCGGACAAAGCAUCAGCGUCCUGGUGGCUUCUCUUUGUGUGCCGACAGGCCAUUACUUUUUCGUUAGCUAAAGGAAUGGAGCUUUUCAUAGUUGACUUUCUUUCUGUCCGCACGAAGGCUACAAUUCGCUUACUUGGGCCCUGGGCUACCUUGUUUAUCUUGCAAUCGCGUGGGUGGCCAUUCGUCCUCUUUAUGUGGGGAGUGUUUAACUUCUCCAUGCUGUCAGGGGCGAGGCCGUUUUUUUCUCACUGGCUUUAUUGGCAAGACCUGUUUGACUUAUUUAACGAGUCAAAUCCAGGCGGGAACGUCGUCGAUUCCGAGUGGAAUCAUCGGUUGUUGGCAAUUGCAGUCUCGGUGUCCGCUGUUGUUUCGGUAAAACGGUUUUGGCUUGGCUUAUACCUCGGGCGACAAACUUUCACGCGGUACUCUGACAAGCUUGCUUCUGUGAUGAAGAAAAUUCUCCUUGUGAGCGAGGUUGCAUCUCUGGGACGUGAUUUUGAAAAGUAUGUUUUGGGGCAUACGAAGGGGAGUACUCGGGCACCGCCCUCAGCGAGCAUGUUCGGCAUAAGUGGCGACAAACUUACGGGCUUUUUGAACAGCAUGAACGAUGACUCAAGUAGCAUCGGAAGCAAUAGCCGAUUCCGUUCUGAACGAUCGUAUGGAACCGAUCUCAAUGAUCCGGACCUUGUCAUCGAUCCCGAGGACCGACAUCCCUUGACCGGAAGUCUCUCGGCAGGCCAGAAGACAAAAAUAAUACAGCUCCUCGGAGCUUGGGAAGAACCAACAAUUGCCGAACAAUCAGCUGGUAGAGUUUCUGUGAAUGCUCUCCUCCAGUUUCGUCGAGCCCUUGCAUGUCUACGAACGCACUACCCAUUCUCCGGCUCCUUUGGGUUGGCUGAUACCCGGGAACUGUGCAUAGAGUCGGCUCAAGAAGUAUACACCCGACUUUUGCUGCGGACCCCGGACAACAGUACGCUCACCUUUGAAAUAUUAGCAUUGCUAAGUGUGCAGAGAGACGGAACACUCGAUCACCACAAAAUCAAAGACUUGAUUCGACUGUUUCGUCCAGACCGCGAUGGUACAUUGAAGGUUCUCGAUUUUGUCAAAAGUGUCGACUCCGUCUACAAAGAACUGCGCCUCCUACGAGCUUCGGUUGCCAAUUCUUCGAAGAUCGACCAGGCUUUUGAAAACAUUUUCAACAUCGUAUUUUACGCCAUUGUUAUCACUGUGUUGUUAAGUCAACUUGGAUUUGAUCCAUUGGCAUUGUUUCUUAGCAUCAGUGGUGUAGUUCUCGGUUUUGCAUUUAUGAUUUCAACGGCGUCUUCUAAGUAUUUUGAAGGACUGCUUUUUAUCUUGGUUCGAAGACCAUAUGAAAUCGGUGACGGCAUACACGUCAGCAAUAUCGAGACAGACACAAGCUUUACGGGUUCAGCUUGGUGGACGGUCGAAGAUGUGACUCUGUUUACAACGAGUGUCGUUUUCAUGUUCACGGGCGAAAGGGCAACGCUGAGUAAUGGCUCUUUAGCCAAUAGUCGAGUCAUCAACUCGAGUCGAUCGCCAGAGGCGUAUCUUUACAUACUCCUGAAGUUUCCGAUGGGGGUUUCUUACGACCAUCUCCAAAUCUUCAACAAAGCUUUGGAGCAAUUCUUCCGGAAUCGACCUAGAGAAUGGUUGUCCUAUGUUAGUUUCCGAGCGACAAGAGUCGAGGCCGAUGCGAAUUUCGUAGAGUAUAUUGUUGUAGGGCAACAUCGCGCAAGUUGGGCGGAUUGGACAGCAUUGAUGCUGAGUAAAGCUGACUUGAUGCACUUUUCGCUAGAGUUAUCAAAGAAACUAAAUAUCUGGUAUCGAAGCCCACCAUUGCCUGUCGAUUUGUCAGUUGUUUCACAAGGUGGAGGAUUGAACCUACCGGGAUCCUCGCCCUCCGGCCCACUGCCAUCCGUUCCCAACAUAUCAGCUCCAAACACGUCGCCAGGAAGUGCUAUAAAUGCGAAUGGCAAUUUGCCGGAUCUCACAGGCCUUCAAGACAUGUUUGCUCCUCGCAAAGUCGAAAGAUCAUAAGCCGCCGCCUUUGCAAUUGUUAAAGUCAUGACCUAGCACUGAGCGUAUAUCAGAGUGAAUUCACUAUGAAAAUAAAAUUUAGAUGACCGACCGCGAAUCGAAUGACAUGAAUAGCUCUGCCUUUCGAAACUUACAAUCCACCGAAACACUGAAGAAGCAUUGACCUGCGAAUGAAGUCAAGUUUUUAUAGGUAGACCUGAAUUUUUCGAACCUCCGUUUGUAAAAUGAAACCGUGGCCGAAUGAGCAUGCAGUAUCUGCACUGGUUUACCAACUUUGAACAGAUGCUUUAUCUCAAGCUGCCUUUGUCUAGCAUUGACCUCGUGAGCCGGCUUUCAUACAAGUUUAAGGCUCAAUUAUCGGGAGGUGCUGCGUAGUAGCUCUUUCACUAAGACGUCCUGAACUAUUCCAAUGGAAUUCCUGCUUACUGUUAGCUGCUUUAGUAAUCUAGUGUACCAAUCAAUCGCAUGUCCUCAACGGUAGCACAUUUACAAAGGGCAUUCGUGUGGGUGUAGGGGCAGGAGUUGCAGUGAAGCCUUUUUAUAUCAGCACGGUCGAAUUCUGAAAUGGCCUUAGCGGGAUAGAUGUGAAGAUUCCAGACAGAAUGAUACUGAUGCCGAAAGGAUUAACCAUCUUGCUCUUUUAUUGAAGUGCGCUAGGGUCAUGAUAUGCGCUAUGUCGUUG